ACCCACCACAGCCCUUCCGCCAAGAUGUCGACGGAGCCAUGGGCUGGUGAGGUGCGCUGCAGCCUCUCCGUUGAGACCAACGCCGACGCCGGCUGCCGCACGGCGGCGCUCAGGGCACCGCAGACCUCGCGAUCCCGCCGUAACGGCCAUGUCUGCCGCAGCCGACGAGGGGGAUAGCAGCGUCUUGGGGCCACUGCGUCCUCUGAGCCCAACUGAAGAUGGUGGCGAUGUGUUCAAUCCCAAUCCGCUGGCGCGGAACGACCCAGAGCGCGCGAGGGUGAACAACCUCAUCACUAUCUUGGCGGGGACACCGAUGGCGGAGUGGAAGCCGGCUGUGAUCGACGAGUACAUGGAGAGCUUGCUCAAGAGAGGCAUCUUCCGGCAGACCAUGGACGAGCGGCUGGCGAAAGUGCGAAGCGGGGAGGAACGGGAGGCGCUCGCCCGAGUGGAUUCCUACAUGACGGGCUUUCUAGGGCACGAGUGGCGUAAGGCUUCUCGAAAGAAGGUGUCGGUAAUUUUAAGUGCGGCGGCGGAAGGCCCGAUGGAGCUGGAUGACUGCGUCCAGACUCUGGGCAAGGCGGAUCUUCUCGACAGCGACCUUACGGAAUACGUGGCCAGCUUGAUCACAGCUGAGGAGCGAAAAUGCGUGAAGUCGGUGCUGCUGAAGGUCCUCAAAACUGUUCGGGAUCGGAUCCAGGCCGAAUUGAGAAUGGGGGCACGACCGGAGAUCCGCACUCUAGCGCGAGCGCUGGCCAUUGAGGACGGUGCGCAGCGGAAGGAGUUCCUGCAGCACGCGUUCCCCAAACUCGAGGAGCUGGACGAGUUUGUCAAGUUCGUGGAGGAAGGGAUUGACUUCCUGGGGGAUGAUUUCGGUUUCGCGGUGCGGACGAACAUGCCGCAGGAGCACUUCGACAAGAUGAAGGCGAUCUACGCUGAGGCCUCGGCCAUGCGGAGGAUGUACUUGCAGUGA